CUUGGAGAAACAGCCACCAAUUUUACCUGACAAGCACAAGGAAAGGUGGUGUUAGAGGCUAGAAGGAGCAAGAGAAUUAGGAAGCUGGAAAGUUUGCAAAAAAAAAAAAAAAGUAAAGUAGCACCCAGAAAAAGAUGAGUAAAGCUCAUUAGUGGAAGGGGAAACCAUGAGAAGGAAGUAGAAUUGGGAGGAGAGGCAUAGAGACACAAAGGGAGGAUAGGUGGAGAAGAAAAAGGAGGUCAAACUAGAAGAUGACAAGGAAGUGACAAGAAGAAGCCUGCAGUGAAGGCGGGGAGAGAGAGCAACGGAUGGCAGCAAGUGCAGCUGCCUUGUCUUGAGGAGGUACUAAAGCCUCUGGCUUGUUUUCUUGCCUUGGUGGUGCUAUUUCAGCUUGGCCCACAGCAUGAUGAAGAAGCAGUUUAACUGGAUGCGGCAACAGCUCAGUUACCCAAGUAGCAGUGGACGAGCCCAAGAGACAGCGGAUUACUUGACUGAAGACUUGCUCCAGGUUGAACAGAGAAUUGAACCAGUCAAACGGGCAGCACAUAAUGUGCACAAGAGGCUUGUGGCUUGCCUCCAGGGGCAAUAUGGAGCAGAACUGGACAAACGGGUGAAAAAGUUACCUUUGAUGGCAUUAUCAGUCACUAUGGCUGAAAGUUUUAAGGAAUUAGACAUGGAUUCCAGUCUUGGGAAAGCUCUAGAAAUGAGUUGCUGCAUUCAAAGCAUGCUGGCCAGGAUCCUUGCAGAGUUUGAAAUUACUCUUGAACAAGAUGUCCUACAACCCCUGAAUAAACUGAGUGAGGAGGAGCUGCCUGUCAUCCUGAAACACAAAAAGAAUCUUCAGAAACUUAUUCUGGAUUGGAACACCAUCAAAAGCCGUCUAAACCAAGCUGCCAAGAAUUCCAGUAAUAGUGUCAGUGCUAUCACAACUUCAGGAGCCUCAUCAGCUGCCGUAAAGUUGGAGAAUCUGAAGGAGGAAGAAGAGGAGAUGAAGAGGAGGGUGGAGCAGAGUAAGGAUGAAUAUAUGGCUGAUUUAUAUCAUUUUUCAACCAAGGAGGACAGCUAUGCUAAGUACUUUAUCAAAUUGCUGGAAAUCCAGGCAGAAUAUCAUCAGAAGUCUCUGGAAUCUCUAAAUUCCAGCUUGGCAGAGCUAAUGAGUUCUCACAACCAAACAGAUGCCCCUUUUCCAUUAGAUCCAGCUGUACCAGGGGUGUAUGGAAUGCCAUUAGAGACUCACCUGAAGGCUGCUGGGCGAGAGAUUGCACUUCCCAUUGAAGCCUGUGUUAUGAUGCUGUUGACCGCAGGUAUGCAGGAAGAGGGGCUCUUCCGGUUGGCAGCAGGAGCUUCUGUGCUGAAGAAACUAAAAUACUGCCUGGACAGUGGCUCAAAUAUUUUGGAUGAAUUCUACAUAGACCCUCAUGCUGUGGCAGGUAGGUGAUCAGCAUACUUUCUUAGAAAUUUACGAAAAAAUCUUCCUCUCCUAACACAUGACCCUUUCCCCCCUUCACUCUUCCUUUUCAGUGCCAAAGAGCCAGAAAUUCAACUAGAGUGCCUCAAGGAUGUUUGUAAUCUUCUUCCCAAGGACAACUACAACAAUCUGAGGUAUCUGAUUCGUUUUUUAGCCAAGCUGGCUGAACAACAGGAAGUGAAUAAAAUGUCCCCAAGCAACAUUGCUAUAGUCCUAGGACCCAACCUACUGUGGCCACAGGAGAAUGAAGGGUCCCAAGUGCAGCUAGACAUAGCUUCUGUAUCCUCCAUCCAAGUUGUGGGAGUUGUGGAGCCGCUCAUACAAAAUGCUGAGAUCCUCUUUCCAGGAGAUAUUGACUUCAAUGUCUCCAGUCUGUUCACUCCUCCAAUGGACAUCAAAAAUCAAAACAUCCCCACAACAGAAGAAGCUACAGCAGUGUUUCUGCCUUCUGAAUCUAAUUUCCCUAUGCCUGAAGAAAGGAACAAUGCUGAAGUUAUUCCAGAAACAGUGCCCUCAAAAGUGACCCAGUCAUCUACUGAAACAACAAUCUGUCCACCUACCUCUGCUUCUGCUGAUGAGACCUCACGAAAAACAAAGCGGGUGGCUCCACCCAGACCUACCAUACCUCCACCCCAUCCUCAAACCACGCCACCUGCUCACCGUCACAUGCCUCCUCCUCCUCCUCCUCCUUCAGAGUCUUCCUCCAUCCCUAAAGCCUUGCCUCGAAGAACAGUGGGGGGACCAGCACGGGUGCCAGUGGUGCCACCACCUCUUCCCCCACAGCCCGCCAGACGGCAGAGUCACAAAGCUCCGCCAUCACCCAGGCGUCCUUCAGAAGCUACGAACAAUAAGGCAGCUGCAGCUGAAGAGGAUUCUGCUCAUGUCUGCAGUAGAGAAACGCCCAAAGAUUCUGUCCAUACCCAGAAAGAAGCCAAUGAAGGAAAGAACAGCUCUCCAUCUGCUGCUGCUCAGAAAUUAUACCAUACAUCUUGUAUUAACCCUAUCUAUGAGAAUUAUACUUACCCUUUUAGUGGUCCCGCCAUUGGACGACGACACCCCCGCCCACCCCAGCUUUCCCUCCGUUUCAGUUCUAACCGGGUCGAGCCCCCGGCUCUUCAGGCAUCUGAUUGGUACCGUUUCCUAAAUCCAUCAAGGGAACGGCGCGCUUCUGAUUGGUUGCGGUCACCGCGAGGAGGACCGGGGGGGGGGUGGAGGGGCGGCGAGAGCGGUUCCAGCAUGGCGGGCUGCAGGCGGCUGAGCGGCGCUUGUCUGCGCGAGGUGCUGGGCGAGGCGCAGGGGCUGCUCUUCGACUGCGACGGGGUCCUGUGGACCGGAGAGCGGGCGGUUCCCGGGGCGCCGGAGCUGCUGGAGCGCCUGAGCCAGAACGGGAAGAGCACCCUGUUCGUGUCCAACAACAGCCGCCGCUCCGUGGCCGAGCUGGAGCGCCGCUUCUCCCGCCUGGGCUUCCGCGGCGUCCGCGGCGAGCAGGUGUUCAGCUCCGCUCUCUGCUCCGCUCUCUACCUCCGCCAGCGGCUUCUGGGCGGGGAAGCCGGAGCUGGCGACUCGACCCCGGGCCGGGUCUUCGUGCUGGGCGGGGAAGGGCUGCGCGGGGAGCUGCGCGACGCGGGGCUCCGCCUGACCGGAGAAGAAGGGGACGGCGACGAAGAGCCUCCGGGCCAGGAGGCCCUCCCGGUGCGCGCCGUCGUCGUCGGCUACGACGACCAGUUCACCUUCGCUAAGCUCUCGGAGGCCUGCGCCUAUUUGCGCGACCCGCGGUGCCUGCUGGUGGCCACCGACCCAGACCCCUGGCACCCGCUUAGCAGUGGGCAGCGCACCCCGGGGACAGGGAGUCUCACUGCUGCAGUUGAAACAGCCUCUGGUCGCAAAGCAACAGUAAUUGGAAAACCAAACACAUACAUGUUUGAAUGCAUUGUAGAGCGCUUUGGUGUAGAUCCAUCCCGCAUGCUUAUGGUGGGUGAUCGGCUGGAAACGGAUAUACUGUUUGGCAAGAACUGUGGCCUUGAUACUGUCUUGACCCUGACAGGUGUCUCUAAUUUAGAGGAGGCACAGGCUUACAUGGCCAGUGACAGCCCUUCAGCCAAGGACCUGGUGCCUCACUACUAUGUGGACAGCAUUGCAGACUUAAUACCAGGCCUGGAUGAAUGAGGGGAGAAGUGGGUGGGAAACAGUCCUGUUUCCAUUCCAGACUGCCAACCUUUCCUCCUCCUGUCUCCCCUCUUGAAUCCGGGCUCAUCACAUUCCAGUGUUUCUUCAAGAAUGAAGAGAGUGGGACUAAUUCCCCUCUCAUUCUUUAAGAUUACUCGGUUUUAUUUUAGACACAGUAGGGGAGCAGGAAAUCUAAUGUGAAAAAAAGGUGGUUUACAGGCCAAACUAGUAUUUAUUACUGUUUUUCAUCACAGUAACUAUUUAAAUUAUUUUAAUUUUAUUGUAGCCAAUAGUGGUCGUCUUACUGUUGGCCUUUGCUUUACUUUGAAGCAUAAUGAUGUACUUGAUGUGCUUUUGUAAUGUUCGUCUCCAGGCUUAAAUAUAACCACUACCAUUCCACGCCUGUUUUGAAGUUCUUCUCCAAGAACCUAUGCUGUGAAAAGGAAACAUCAGGUACAUAUUCAGACAAUAUGACACUGAGCCUCCACAAAAUGGUCCUUUGGGUUUAUUCCUGUGGAUGUUUAUGUAGUUGAAAUUCAUUCAAACAAUUUAGCUGAUCCAGGAGUUGUAAGAACUAAGACCAUUUUUUAAAAUUGAAGCUAAAUACAGGAGCCAUCCUAACAGAAUCAAAUAAAUUCCUCCAUAGGAUUUGUUCCAAAGUGCUUUGUUUUGUGCAGGAAAGAAAAUGACAGCUGUCAAAAAGGAACUCAAUAUCCAGAGUAUAUAUUAAUGAAUUAAAAUGUUAAUAUCCUUUUUCUGUCUUGAGUCUUAUCAGCUUAAAUGUUUCUUUAUCCAAUUUCAUUUUGGUAUAUGGAAUUGCUACUGCUGCAUCAAACUAAGUUGCAUACAAUAAUUUUGGUGCCACAGUGUUCAAAACUGACUCACUUUAUCUUGGUAAUUCUGUAGUCACAGCCUCCAGAUAUUCUUGCCUAAGCAAAAUCAAGAACUUGAUUAUUUUAUUCCCUUUCCCCCCCCCCCUAACUGGGCAAACUGAUAAAUUUCAUCAGUAAACAUUUUAGCUCCUGUCUGUGCCUGAUACACCUCUGUCCUAGAGGAGGGAUGAAUAUGUGUUCUCCUCCUGCCCUGCCAUGGUGAGCUUGACCUGCGGGAUAAUGUUGGCAUUGCCAGUGGUGUCUGUACCACUGUAUCCCCAAAUCAGUCCUUGCUGUUCUUUUAAUGGUUUAUUAUGUAUUUAUUAAUGUGUUUGUAUAAAUUAUGCUGAUCAAUUGUGCCAAAGUGGUAUGUUGCCUCUGGGCCUACUCACUAACUGUACCUCCAUGAUGUUGUGCUUUUUCUGACACUUGCUGUCAUUCUGCAUAUAAUAAAUUGCAGACACCA